AUGGAAAGUGCCUCUUCUGAAGCCAACGUUUCUCAGAUCAGGUCUUCCUUCUCCUCCCUGCUGGUAAGUGUGGCCACUGGCCAGCGGUCGGACCUGGUACCUCUUGUUGGGACUCCUGUGCUGAAGCGGCAGGAAGCCAAGCAGCUGCCCAUCGACCGGAACGAAUGGGAAGGCUAUUUUGAUGAGAGCGGCCACCUGGUGAAAUCCUGGGAUUUUAUUACAUCCAUCAUCCUUGAAAGGGGCCUGGACCCCUCGGUGAGGUCCGAAGCGUGGAAGUUCCUCACGGGAUACUACUCAUGGAGCAGCUCACGUGACGAGAGGCUUGCCGUUGAAGGCAUGAGGAGGAAGAAUUACGAGUCCUUGGCCAAGAUGUGCGACAAGAUACAGCCCUUGCUGGAGACGGAGCACCGGGAUUUCUCCCGAGUCUGCAGCUUCAUCAACUCGGACCUGCAGAGGCUGUACACGAGAGAUGCCCAAGGCCAAACCAGGGUGGACAAGAAGCAGAUGGAAAAAAUCCUUUUGCUCAGCUAUGUGUGCAACAUGGAGGCUGAGUACCAGCAAGGCUUCCACGAGAUGCUCCUGCUCUUCCAUCUCCUCGCUGAGCAGGAGCACGAGAUCUACUGGCUCUUCCAGUUCUUCCUCCAGAAAACAGAGCACAGCUGYGUGAUGAACAUAGGUGUGGGGAAAAACUUGAUCAUGCUCAAGGCACUCAUUGCAUUUAUGGACCCCACCUUUGCGAAACACCUGGAGGGAAAAGGCACACAAGUCAUUCAGUCACUGUUCCCCUGGUUUUCCUUCUCCUUCCAGCGGGUGUUCAAAUCCUUCUAUGAUGUCUGGAGGCUCUGGGAGGUUUUCUUGAUAGGGAAGCCCUGCCGAAAUUUCCAAGUGAUUGUGGCCUACACGCUGCUGCAGACGGUGAGAGACCAGAUCCUGCGGGAGAACAUGAGUGGAGACGACAUCCUGAUGCUCUGCGGGAACCUUGUGGACCUGGAUGCCGACCAGCUCAUCUCUGAGGCCUGCUCCACCUACRAGCGCCUCCUGGAACAUGCGGACAAGACUGUGAUGGAGACAGACACCAACUGGCCAUGGAAAAUGCUGCACCUCUGGAUGGACACAGAGCAGGCACUGAGUUCCCACUCCUUGGCCUAUGUCCAGCUCAUCAGCAAGGCUUCAGCUCUGCAGGGAAGAUGGGUAAACUGA